AACGUAAGUAUAGCCCGAGUCGGCGGAUCUGAGUGUUUCACGCGUCUUUAAAUAGAACCUUACCCUUCACCAUUAUUUUCUCAACCGCAAUUGGUUUUUUUCUUCUUUCUCUCUCUCUCAUCGAUUAACAAAAUCGAAUCGAAAAAAAAAAUUAGGGUUCUUCUCUCUUCCGUCUCUCGUUAUCGAUUUCGUUUUGAUUUCGCGCCACAAAGAAGAAGUUUCAUUAGGCGCGAAUCUGAAACCUAGGUUCGAUUUAGUUCUGUCCGAAUUACUGUCCGUUGUCUUGUCCGUUAGUCGAUUCGAUCUGAGAAAGAAAGAAAGAGAAGAAGAAAAAACGAUGUCACGAUAUUUCACAUCCCCACCGCCUGUGUAUGCGAGGAACUGGGCGAACGGUCAAAACUUGGUCGAAUGGACUAAGAUCGAAAGACCAAUAGUUGAUUCUAAAAAGCUGCAUCGGAAAGAGAAGAAGGAGAAAAAGAAAGAAAAGAAAUUAAAGAAAGAGAAGAAAUCCCUUGAACAGAAGUAUUCCACAACCAAGACAGUCUCAUAUGAAUCCGAACAGCUUGAGAAAUCUUGUUUAACAGAAGAAUUUGAGCAACCUCAGGUUGGAUAUUUGUCUGAUGGUAGCCAGAACAGUAAGAAGAGAAGAAGGGAAACUUCUCCUGCUGUUGUUGAGAGUCAAAUCAAAGCUACACCUGUAGCUGGUAAACCACUACGGAUUCGUAUUGUUUUCAAGAAACCGAAAGAAGCUGAAGCUGUACCUCAAGAGGAUCCUGUUUGUUCCACUUCAGGGACUCAGAGACCUAGCGAAUUACCAAGUUCUGUCUCUCUUCCAAGUAUCUGUGAUCAUGAUGUGGCUGUACCCUCAACUUCUCUUGAGAGUGGCAAGGUAGCAAUUAUUUCCGAAUCAAAGAAGAGAAAGAAACAUAAGCCUAGCAAAGAAUCCCGGUACAAUUCAUUGUUUGAUGAAUUAGUUCCUCCCUGUAUUUCCUUGGAGGAAGAUGAUAGCAGCAGCGAUGACUGGCUUUUUGGAACAAGUCGGAAAGAAAAUGUUUCUUCUGCCAAGUCUUCUUAUAAGACUGAUGAAGACACGAUCAUGAGCUUGCAGACGUCAAGAGAUUGUUCCUCUUUGCCUAGAGCUAUGUUAUUGUCUGAAGUUGGAAUUUUUUCAUUACCAUAUACUGUCCCGUUUUAGGUCCCAUAUUGUUUUGUUCUUUCUCAGCUUAGCCUUAGGCCUUAGCUUUGUACAGUUAUCAUUGUAACAAUCACAGUGAUCUAUGAUACUUGAACGAUCUCUGUAUUUUUGACACUAAUCAAAAAUCAUGGUUUCCACUUACUAAACUAUCGUCUACAUGAUUUUUGUCAACUGGAAGUUUUUGGUUGAAUUGAUCAAUGCGAUUGCAAAAGCUGGCUACUUUUAAAUAAGCAAUUUCUUGCAAGAAGUUGACUGGUUUAGCCGUUCCCCAGUUUAACUUCUUGCUUAG